AUGAUGCCGCCACUGCUCGGCCUUCGGGUGGAAUACAACCCGGAGCUUCGGAAGCGCGAUGAAUGGGCUAGACUAGCUCCCACUCUCACCACCCUAGGCUCCUUCAAAGGAGCCCCGUGGGAUGCCUGGAAUGCUGAUUUCAGCAUCGAACUUGUUUAUGAGAGGCAGAUGCUACAGGCCUUCGACACCCACAAUCACACCCAUCUCCUGAAGCGCAAUGCUCUGCUGCUAACUCCUACUCGACUGGAUGUUCACAAUAGGCACCAGACUGCAGUCACAAUCCGGAAGUUUACAGAAGCAAAUAGAAGCUCGCUCGGAGUAAUUAUCUACUUGAUGGAUACAGCAGUCCUGGGCAAUGAACAGAUCAAUGCAGUGCAGUCUCUUGGGGCACUUCAUCAUUAUCUGUCAAUGGGCUUUGCCGAGCCACCUCAGGUUCUUGUCGUUUCCGAUCCUUCUUAUCUUCUCGAUUGCAUUAGCGCUUACAUGAAGGGUAUUUCGCGUGCGAAUCCGACCACAGUCAAGAUCGCUGGCGGCAAGCCGUUGCUGUUUGAUACGCCUGGACCUUCGCCGUUUGUUUCCACUAUCAAAGACAAACAAUGA